AUGACUCAGACCUCCACAGUACACUCAUUCUCACAUUCUUUUGCUUACAAUACUUUCUUCAACAAUACCAUGACGGCGGCUGAAAAGGCCGAGACUGAGACCGUCAGCUUCGACACCCCCAGCGAGAAGUCCGACAAUGCCAAGAGCCAGGAGAGUUCCAUACGGCCAGAAGAUCCAUCAAAACCACAAAAUGACCUCGUCCCCGCAGACACAUACUCAAGCGGUCUAACAAUGUGGCUCAGUCUGCUAGGCGUAGCGACAGCAUACUUCAUCGUGCCCCUAGACGUGAGUAUUGUUGCCACCGCCAUCCCGAAGAUCACAGACCAGUUUCAAAGCAUCCAAGACGUCGCCUGGUACGGAUCCGCUUUCAUGAUGGCUCUUGGAGGCUUCCAAAGUGCUUGGGGUAAAGCCUACAAGUAUCUGCCAAUCAAGCCGACCUACCUGGCCUCGGUCUUCAUCUUCGAGAUUGGAAGUCUGUUGUGUGCGGUUGCUCCGUCGUCGAUGGCGUUUGUUAUAGGGCGCGCUAUUGCUGGAGUUGGGGCGGCGGGGAUUGCGUGUGGGACUAUGACUAUUAUCGCUGUCAUCACGCCUCCUCAGAAACGACCGUUUCUUACAUCUUUAAUGGGUGCGGUAUACGGAAUCUCCUCCGUCGUCGGUCCUCUCCUAGGCGGUGCUAUCACCGAAGGUCUAUCCUGGAGAUGGUGCUUCUACAUCAAUCUUCCCUUCGGCGCCGUUGCAGCCGGCAUCACCCUCUUAGUCCUGACGAUCCCCUCCACCAUCAAGCCACCCACCACAACCCUGUCCGAAAAACUCAUCCAGUUCGAUGUCCUAGGAACACUCCUCGCCAUGGCCAUGGCCAUAACGCUAGUCCUCGCCCUCCAAUGCGGCGGAACCUCCCACCCCUGGUCGUCCCCCACCGUCAUCGGUCUCCUCGUUGGCUUCAUCCUCAUCAUAGCCACCUUCGUCCUCUGGGAACUCUACCAAGGCGACCGCGCAGCCGUACCGCAACGUCUGCUGGGUAGAAGGUACAUGUGGGUCAACUCAAUCUUCACAGCCCUGUUCGCCGGCUCCUUCAACAUUGGACUCUACUGGAUCCCGAUCUAUUUCCAGAGCGUUAGUGGUGAUACGCCAAUGUGGAGUGGGAUCAAGAAUAUCUCGACGACUUUCUCGGUCGCGGUCACGAUUGUUGUAUCUGGCCUGAUCGCUUCGAAGACCGGAAUCGCGGCGCCUUUGAUGCCACUGGGUGCGACGGUGGCGACGGUGGGUGUGGGGUUGUUGUACAUGCUGGAUAUCGGCACUGGACCGGGCGCGUGGAUUGGAUUCCAGAUUGUUGCCGGUAUGGGUUGGGGUUCGGCCUUCCAGAUCCCUAUGAUUGUCGCGCAAGGCACUUCGGACACGAGCGAUAUCUCAUCCGUCACUGCCAUCAUCCUUUUCUUCCAGACCUUUGGCGGCUCCUUCACGCUUGCAGCUGCACAAGCAGCUUUCUCAAACCAGUUGAUCAAGACUCUCCCCAGAACAGCGCCGGAUGUGGCUCCAGAUAUGGUCAUUGCGACUGGUGCCACGGAGCUAAGGCACGUCUUCGCUCCAAGCCAGGUCACAGGCAUCCUCGAGGCCUACGUGGUGGGGCUUCAGGCGGUAUGGGCGGUGGCGGUAGGGAUCACAGGGUUGGCAGUCCUCUUUAGUCUUUGUAGUCGAUGGCAGCGUCUUGAUCUUCAAGUGGGCAAAACAUCGACGGCCGCUUAA